GUCCUCUCCGACGAGCCGCGCAUCUUCCUCCAGCCGGGCUUCCUCACGGAGGAGGAGUGCGAAAAGCUCAUCUCUCUCGCGGCGUCGCGGCUGGAGGUGCCGCUGCUGCGCGCUGCGGAUUCCGACUUUGAGUUGAUCGAGCCCUCGAGCGAAACCGCUGUGCACCAGCGGGCCAUCCUGGAGCCCGACUGGGAGCUCGAGCUCCCCUGGCUGCAAUCGAUUGUGAAGCGGAUGCACGUCUUCGCGCGGGUGCCGAUACAGCAUGGAGAGCCUCUUCACGUGGGGAGGUACCGCGACGACGAGCAGUUUCCUCUCCACCGCGACUCGUUUGGGUCACCGUGGGCACCCGGCUACGUGGAUACGCACGGAGGACGGCACGCCACCAUGAUGGUGUACCUUCGAAAUGUCUCCUCGGGCGGUCACACCGUGUUCCCCUUUGUGCCCGCGGGUGCGGAGGACGAGGCGCUGCUGCGCGUCAAGCCGGUGGCGGGCACCGCGCUGCUCUUUUACAACCACGACGUGGAUGGCUACUUCAAUCCGCUGAGCAUGCAUGGCGGGUGUCCGCCCGGGCCUGGAGAGGAGAAGUGGAUCGCGCAGCGAUGGUUCUACCAGCGG